CAAACAUGGCUGUCUAGAAGGUGUUCUGUUGGCAUAAUGUAGAUUGCUUGAAAACGCGCUUUCGUGAAAUGAAAUGGCUCGAAGAUCAAAAACUAAUUUAGAGAAUGACAUAGAGCGUUCGCGGUGGGAGGAAAAAUGGGAAUAUAUGCCAAAACUGGUCGAUCAGCUAUCAAGUCGGACUACGAGUGAGCCAAGUAUAGAUGCAAUAAAAAAGCUACUCAUCAGUGAAUCCCAACUUGAAAUAUACCUCAGAGAUCAUCCUCUCGGAACAACAGAUGCUGCUAAAGCCAAAAAAGCUAUAGAGGAAACUGUUGCGAAUCUUGAAAAACUGGUUUCUCAAGAUAAGUUGGGAAAGGUAGAAAGAAAACAAGAGGCUUUAUUUUUGCUGUGCAAAGCUUACUUUGUGUUGGAAGAAUUUCAAAGUUGUGUAAAAUGCUGUGACCAAGCUGGAACAGAAGACAUCUACAUUGACACACAAUUAAAAAGGAAAACAAAACUGGUUGCUGAAGGUUUUGCUCAUAAAGCCAUGGCUCUUGAGCAGUUGCGGUCAAUUGGAAAGUCAGACAUCAGUGAUGAGGAUAUCAUUUCUUGUUAUGAAUGCGCUGGUGACAUAGGGCUCUGGCUAAUUACUGACCAGACAUCUUCACAACGGACUGCAACACCAUCACAGACGCCAGUGUUAGGAAGGACCCUGGAGAUAGCGCUACAAAGGGCUCCAGUACUUCACAUUAAGAAUGGGAAAAUUAUGGAGGGUAUCAACAGAUUUAGACUCAUGAUGAGAGUUGUGGAGACAAGAACUUCUCUAGGCUUGAGAAAGGGAUUAGCCAAGCAGCUGGCACAGGUUCUGUUACGAGGAGUUUGUGAGAUGAGUUACGAAAAACCCCUAAACUUACUGCCCAACUCUCCAAUGAUAAGCUCAACAUCAUCACUGAAAUCUGCAUCCAAGAUGGACUUGAAGGCCACCACAAUUAAUGUUAUUACCUGCAAGCAUGCAACCUUUCCUCUGAAACCACAAAUGUACAGUGGAGAAAGUUUGUUUUUUCCCAGGAAUGAAACAGAAGAAAGUUUGCUCCUUUUACUUUUAGACGAGGCCAUGGUAUUUAAGGAUGCAGAGCUCAGUCAAGCUCCAGAAAAGUCAACAGCCAGACAACAGACAGUUGUCGAUUCUGAGAAUGCAUAUGACUUACUUACAUUGGCGCUGGUCAGGAGAGCUCAGUAUGGCAUGUUAUCAGAGUGUUUUGACAGAGGAAUGAAAGUUGCUUUUGAAGAGUUCCACCUGUGGUUUCAGUUUGGUCUGUCUCUCAUCAGUGCAGGCAAAUAUCACAGAGCCCUGAUGGUUCUCAAACAGUGUCAUCAGCUCCGCCCCGAAGACUCCUUGGUCUGCCUUUAUGCUGCUAAGCUCUGUCUUAACAGCCUUCAUAUGAUUGAUGAAGGGAUAAAGUUUGCUAAGAAAGUUAUCGCCAUGGGAGAUGAGAAAGAGCUUUCGUCUAAAGGAUACUUGGCACUGGGUAUCGGUUACAGUCUGUUAGCCAGUGAAGCUUGUUUAAGUGGAGAACGUCAACAGCUUCAGAAACAAGCGAUUGAUGCUCUUCAGAAGGGGCAUAACUUGGAUCCUGACGACAGUGAAGUUUUGUUUAACCUCGCCCUUAAUCAUGCUCUCAUGAGACAGAUGACAAAGGCCCUAAAGAACAUCAGAAAUGCACUUAAAAUGGACAUGAACCAAUCCUUUUUCCUGCAUCUCUUAGCUCUUAUACUUUCCUCUCAGAAAAAGUUUGUUGAAGCACUUGAAGUCUGUGACGCUGCCCUGAUGGAAUUCCCUGACGACUUCAGUUUGCUUCUGACGAAGGUUAAGCUAGAACAGGCCUGCUUAGGUGGAGACCAAGCGCUUAUCACGUGCAAACGGUUGCUGGAGACCUGGAAACAGGUGUACGAGUCUGAUCUCUCAGGAUCCACAGAGCUUCAAAGGGCUGGAUCGGGUUUACUAGACAAAGUCAUCACAGAUUCCCGAAGCUUGAAACAGAUUCCACUCACGGAACUCACCAGUGACAAAGACUCCAAUGAUGGUGCCAGUUCAAUCGCCGCUUCAGUGCGCCUUGAGCAAGCCUUAUCGGACGAGGCUGCCUCCACUUCCGUCAAACUCAGCGUCCCGGCUGUCUUGGCCUUACAAGCAAAACUCUGGCUUGCUAUCGCUGAUGUGUAUAUCGCAAUGAAGAAGGACACUGAAGCCAGCGCAUGCGUUCAGGAGGCUCAUUUGAUUUUCCCUUUUUCCCCAGAUGUGCUAUUCCAGCGUGGCCGCAUUUUUGAGCUCAGAGAAAACCUUAUGGAAGCCAAGAAUUGCUUCGAUAAUGCGAUCUCCAUAAACCCGAACCACGUGGCCAGCAUUCAACUUCUGGGUGCAGUGUAUCACAAACUUGGUAACCUCGUCAUGGCUGAGAAAGUACUCCGCGAAGCCAUCAAUAUCGAUCCAACAGCAUUUGAAGCUUGGCAUCUUUUGGGCGUGGUUUUGGAAGCCCAAGACGAGCACGAAGCAGCGAGCGAGUGUCUGAUGACCGCUAUUGACUUAGAGGCCACUCAUCCCAUUGUACCAUUAACUGUGAUACCACGGUUGUUAUGAGCCUACCAGCCACGUGAGCUGUGAUCCAACAAAAGAUAAACAACUAGGAACAUUUAGAAAAUUAUUUUUAAUCUCAGUAGGAAUGAGUGGGGUCCAAUAUUCUGUCUGUAAUCAUAGGAGUGAUUAACAAAGUCAGACGACUGCAAAGCGAGAGCCCGAUUUGUGAACCUCGUUGAGACAACGUAACGUAACGCAAUAAAGUUAUUAACAGUGGUUUAUCUAUUGAAUUAAAGAAGAGUAAAUAGUGACGUAUCGCAGUUAUCAAAAGCCUGAAAUGUUCUGCUUUUUUUUUCCGCAGAAUAAGAAACUCCAAACAAGCUUGAAUGAAUUGACUAUUUAGUAUUUGCAACUUCGUUUAAAUAAUGUUUAUUUUAUCAGCAAUCUAAUACACUGACCUAGAAUACGUUUAAGCAGAUAUUUUUUAACAUGAUAAUCGUCCAACCGUGAUAAGCAUUGCUUUAUUUGCUUAACUAAGCCAAUUCCAAGAAUCCAGCUCUGGGUUCCAAGAAUCACUUUCGCCUUCCGGUCGUGAGGUGGGAUGGUAUACCGUGCAAUAUGAUUGGUAGAGAACUGUCAUUUUCUCUGAAAGUCGUCGGCAUUUUUACAUAAGUAGUUUCUGGGAAUAUCGAAUGACAUAGGUGCGGAAAUCGAUUCAUUUUUCGGCUUUUAAAAACUGUUUUAUUGCGAAUAGAUUUGAAUGGUUGUUUGUAACGGCAAGGAAGAUUGAGGUAAGUGUUAUUUAAUUAUACUUCAACUAUUAGAAGAAGUUAAAUUGCCUCACGUCUCGUUGGGCAGACAAGCCGCAAGCUUCGUGAACACCAAAUUAAUAACAAUUUGCUUUCUGAGAAACGAUCCAGCCGUAGCAGGAAAUAUUCUCCAUGAAGUAAACAAUCUUACGCCUCUUCAAAUUUCUCGGCCGAGCCUUGGGACUCCUUCGGGAAAGCUUGCACUUGUUUGCGUGGAUUCUGCAAGUCAAGUGCCGCGAUCUUUGAGAACUUGUCCGCCCCUCAGUUUGCAGUUUUAGAUCUUUUAGCUCUUGUAAAUAGUUUCUGGAGCCAUUGCCGUUGUUUUCUAGAGUGAUAGCAAUAUGGCCCGCAAAUAUCGUCGAUCCGACAUCGGCAAAGUCCGGCGUUAAUCAAAGGCAUUUAAUUAACAGAUUCUUUCCUCAUUUCUGGUAACAAGCAGGGCCUGUCAUAGUUCUGGUUUAAAAUUCAAACCAAAAGCGAUUGCCGAUGCUGUCUCCGUGAAAGGUCGGAAACAAAUUCAGUGGCCUACGUUAUGAACAUUUCUAGUGGCAGUAUGUGUUUUAUUUGUCAGGACUCAAAGUUUAUUUCCGUGAUCAAAUCUAUAGUGAAUGAAAAUCAGUGAGCGAAAUAUGCGAACUCAUUCCAUACACGACUAGAGUUUAGAUUCUUCAUGAAAUACCCAAAGUUUUCUUUUGUAAACGUCCUUAACUGUCUAAAGAAACCUAGGUAAAUAUAAACCAUCAUAAUAAAUACUAAUGUCGUCAAAGUAA